AUGCCUACUCAGGCUUAUACUUCUACUAAGGAUGACACAGUUGCCACAGUUUUUGGGGAUGAAACCGAUGAAGAUAAAGCAGAAAACACGGAGAGCACAGCCAUGCCUACUCAGGCUUAUACUUCUACUGAAGAUGAAACUGUUGCCACAGUAAUUGAGGAUGGAACCCAGGAAGAUAAAGCAGAAAACAUGGAGAGCA